CCAGACAUUUGACAGUGUCCAACGUGUAUAAAACUAAACGUGGGACGAACUGAUGUAGUUGCGUUAGGAAAUCGUUUGAAAUUAUAAACGCAUGAAUUAAAAGUUCCGGUGCGUUUGCAUUACAAGUUCCAAGGGAUAUCUUCUACACGGUGUAUAAGUUACUUUAUCAGCGCGGCACUGUUACAUAUUCAAAAUGAACAACUCAUUGUUAACACUAUUUGUUCUUGUUGGAAUAAUCUACACUGUAUCAGCAUUAAAAAAUGAUGAAUGUGAAGUGUGUAUAUCUACUGUGGAGAAGUUUGUUAAAACUUUAUCCGAUGAUGUCAAAAAGGAUACCAAAAAGAUAGAAGCAGCAUUUAAGGAAUUUUGUAAAGGCACUAAAUCUAAAGAAAACAGAUUUUGUUAUUACUUGGGUGGCUUAGAAGAAUCUGCUACUGGUAUUUUAAAUGAAUUAAGUAAACCUGUAUCAUGGUCUAUGCCUGCAAACAAAGUAUGUGAAAAACUAAAGAAGAAAGAUGCUCAAAUAUGUGACUUGAGAUUUGAGAAGCAAAUUGAUGUAAACACAGUUGACUUGAAGAAGCUUAAGGUGCGUGACUUGAAAAAGAUUCUAAGUGACUGGGAUGAAACAUGCGAUGGUUGUAUAGAAAAGACAGAUUUUAUUAAGCGGAUCGAAGAACUAAAACCUAAAUAUUCUCGUAGUUCGAAAGCAGAACUCUGAAAAGUGUUCAGUGAUGUAGGUAAAUUAUUAUAUUAGUGUGGCUAAGCUUUUGGACAUUCUUUAUUUUACAAAAUGAGUAACAGUGUAACGCAUAUAUUCGUAAUUGAGUGCAUGUGUGAUUAUCAUUUUGUAAAAGUUUUGUUUGGUGAGACUUUUGAGGCCAGAUAUAUGCAUUUACGUUUCAGUAAAAAAAAAGAUUAUUCUCUGAUUUAUGUAAAUUAAGCAAUAACUAUGGAUAAGGGAAAAAACCAAGGAACGUCACACAACAACUUUACUGAGAAAACCAACUCUUUAAUACGUUAGCCCAUCACUGUUUUUAACCAUACACCGAAUCUUUAGCCUUAUCUUAUGUGGACAUUUCUACUUCGUAACGCACUGUGAAUCAACAGUCCUAUAAUCCCAAUUGUCACGAACGAAAUACGUUAUAUACCGUAAAAUCAUUAAAAAUGGACAUUUCCUGUUUUUGUCUCUUAUCUCAAUUUAGGUAUGAUUUCAAGAAAUUAAGAAUACUGAGCAAUGAAAAUUUGUGAAGGCGGUUGAUUUCUUUUUUUAUAUUGUAGCCAUGCUAAUAAAUGUUGAAUAUCAUAAAAGGUGCUCCGUUUUUAGCGUACCAAAUGUUAGACAAAUAUAAGUAACUCAAAUU